CCAAAGGAGCCUCGGCUGCCGGCCCCCCAGCAACCGGUGCGUCCCGCCUAACGACGUCCGCGUAUCCUGGUUGGCCCUCAGGGACACUUGUGGCAAGGUACCCACGGUCGCGCUGCUCAUUGGCUAACGCUACCGCCGCUCAGGCGCGUUGCCCGAGCGCCCGCAGGCGGUGCUACCGGAAGCCCCUCCCAUUGGCCUCCGGGUUCCUGGCUGGCUGGCGGAGGCCGUCAGUCCCGGACCUUUUCCUUGAGGCCGGUUUCUGCUGGGGGCGGGAGGAAGAGGGGCCGGACUGGGGCCUGACGUGCAGUCGCUGCCGUCGCGGUCUUCGCGGCUAUUAUGAUCAGCGGGCGACGCGCCCUCAGCAGCUACGCCCAGCGCUAGUCGUGCCCGUUUGCUCGCCGUAGCCGUAGCCGUGUGGGUCUCCAGUGCAGCCGCUUCCGCGACUCCCCCGGCUCUUCUAGUGCAGCUUGCAAGGCGAGGCGGAGGCAGGAUGAAGAUGACGGUGGAUUUCGAGGAGUGUCUGAAGGACUCGCCCCGCUUCAGGGCUGCUUUGGAAGAGGUAGAAGGAGAUGUGGCAGAAUUGGAGCUAAAACUUGAUAAGCUUGUGAAGCUUUGUAUUGCAAUGAUUGAUACUGGAAAGGCCUUUUGUGUUGCAAAUAAACAAUUCAUGAAUGGAAUUCGCGACCUGGCACAGUAUUCUAGUAAUGAUGCUGUAGUUGAGACAAGUUUGACCAAGUUUUCUGACAGUCUUCAAGAAAUGAUAAAUUUUCACACAAUCCUAUUUGACCAAACUCAGAGAUCAAUUAAGGCACAGCUUCAGAACUUUGUUAAAGAAGAUCUUAGGAAAUUCAAAGAUGCCAAGAAGCAAUUUGAAAAAGUCAGUGAAGAAAAAGAAAAUGCAUUAGUAAAAAAUGCUCAGGUGCAAAGAAACAAACAGCAUGAAGUUGAAGAAGCCACAAACAUUCUGACAGCAACAAGAAAAUGUUUUCGACACAUAGCCCUUGAUUAUGUACUUCAGAUUAAUGUCCUUCAAUCAAAAAGGAGAUCAGAAAUCCUAAAAUCAAUGUUAUCCUUUAUGUAUGCCCAUUUGGCCUUCUUUCAUCAAGGAUAUGAUCUAUUUAGUGAACUUGGGCCCUACAUGAAAGAUCUUGGUGCACAGUUGGAUCGACUGGUUGUAGAUGCAGCAAAGGAGAAAAGAGAGAUGGAGCAAAAACAUUCCACCAUUCAACAAAAGGCUGCAUUACAGGAUUUCUCCAGUGAUGAUUCUAAGUUAGAAUAUAAUGUAGAUGCUGCAAAUGGCAUUGUUAUGGAAGGAUAUCUUUUCAAACGCGCCAGCAAUGCCUUCAAAACUUGGAACAGACGCUGGUUUUCAAUACAGAACAAUCAGUUGGUCUACCAGAAAAAGUUUAAGGAUAACCCCACUGUAGUAGUGGAAGAUCUAAGGCUCUGCACAGUGAAGCAUUGUGAAGACAUAGAACGGCGAUUCUGCUUUGAGGUAGUCUCUCCGACAAAAAGUUGUAUGCUUCAGGCAGAUUCUGAAAAGCUGCGCCAGGCAUGGAUUAAGGCUGUUCAGACCAGUAUUGCUACUGCCUAUAGGGAGAAGGGUGAUGAAUCAGAGAAGCUGGAUAAGAAAUCAUCUCCAUCCACAGGAAGCCUAGAUUCUGGAAAUGAGUCAAAAGAUAAGUCAUUGAAAGGAGAAAGUGCACUACAGCGAGUCCAGUGUAUCCCUGGCAAUGCCAGUUGCUGUGAUUGUGGUCUGGCAGACCCACGCUGGGCCAGCAUCAACCUGGGCAUCACCCUGUGUAUCGAGUGUUCUGGAAUUCACCGGAGUCUUGGUGUUCAUUUUUCAAAAGUACGAUCUUUAACAUUAGACACAUGGGAACCUGAACUUUUAAAGCUCAUGUGUGAACUGGGGAAUGAUGUCAUAAAUCGAGUUUAUGAAGCUAAAGUGGAAAAAAUGGGAAUAAAGAAACCACAACCAGGACAAAGACAGGAGAAAGAGGCAUAUAUCAGAGCAAAAUAUGUGGAAAGGAAAUUUGUGGAUAAGUACUCCAUAUCAUCAUCACCUCCUGAACAGGAAAAAAGGAUUGUCUCCAAAAGUUGUGAAGAAAAGAGGCUGAGCAUUUCUAAACUUGGGCCAGGUGACCAAUUCAGAGCAUCUCCCCAAUGUUCAGUGGUUGCUGUAAAUAGCGAGGAGGCCAGGCGGGAGUCUCUGUUCUGUCCUGAUGAGCUAGAUUCACUCUUCUCCUACUUUGAUACUUCUUCAAAACUACGUAGUAUCAAAAGUAACGACAGUGGAAUCCAGCAGAGCUCUGAUGAUGGAAAAGAAUCUUUACCUUCCACAGUGUCAGCUAAUAGUUUAUAUGAGCCUGAGGGAGAAAGGCAAGAUUCUUCUGUGUUUCUGGACUCUAAACAUCUUAAUCCAGGACUCCAGCUUUAUAGGGCUUCAUAUGAAAAAAAUCUUCCUAAAAUGGCUGAGGCUUUGGCUCAUGGUGCAGAUGUGAACUGGGCUAAUGCAGAGGAAAACAAAGCAACACCACUUAUUCAGGCUGUAUUAGGGGGCUCUUUGGUGACGUGUGAGUUUCUCCUGCAGAAUGGUGCUAAUGUGAACCAAAGAGAUGUACAAGGGCGGGGACCACUGCACCAUGCUACAGUCUUAGGGCACACAGGGCAGGUGUGUUUAUUCCUAAAACGAGGUGCCAAUCAACAUGCCACUGAUGAGGAAGGGAAAGACCCUUUGAGUAUAGCUGUGGAAGCAGCCAAUGCUGAUAUAGUGACCUUGUUACGUUUAGCAAGAAUGAAUGAAGAGAUGCGGGAAUCAGAAGGACUUUAUGGACAGCCAGGUGAUGAAACUUACCAGGACAUUUUUCGUGAUUUUUCCCAAAUGGCAUCCAAUAAUCCAGAGAAACUAAAUCGUUUCCAGCAAGAUUCACAGAAAUAUUGAAUUUUUUUAAGAAGGGGAAAAUACUAAAUUUGUCGGCUCUCCCAACCCCAAUGUGUACAUCUGAAGACUCACAAAUUUUUACUGCUUUAAUCCUACUUAAAUUUAGUAGUUAUUGAGUGGUUUGGGGGAAAAAGUACCCAUUUAUUGGUGUUUUUAUAUAAAUUCAAACAUAGAUCUCUACUAGUUGGGAGAGGAACUUAUUUUAGGACCUCUUUUAUUAAAAAAAAAAAAAAACCAAAAAACAAAAGCCUGUUUUAAAGAACUAUUUUUAUAAGUAAAAUAGACAGGUUUCAAGAUGCUAAGAGCCUAGACAAAAUCUCCUUUUUUUGCCAGUGGGUGGUAUCACUGAUUUUUCUAUGAAUCAUUCAGGAUUAUUCAGUCAAGCAUGUUCACAUCAAGUGGGAGCUGACUGUCCUGCCUGCCUGGGGAAUAUGUCUUUAGCUUCCUUCAUGAUUUUUGGUGUUUCAGAAAUAGUUUUUUUUGUUUUUGGUAGCGUAGCUAUCUUACACACAGUAUGCAAUUUAAUUAUUAGAACUAUAGAGUGUGUUUCCCCCAUUUUCUCUAAAUGCAGUUGUAUUCUUUAGAUGUCUGGUUAUUGGCCAGUACUUUAACAUACAUAUGUGGCUGUACAGGUAGACAUAACCAUUUUAUGAGGCAAGAGAAGCCCUUAACAAUUUUUUUUUCAAUUACCAAAAGAAUCUCAGUUACAGAAGUUGUAGUUCUUUGUGGUUAGGUUGAUUACUUAAGACCUUGACAAACUUAAUGAUGUAAUAAAACUGUGUUUCAAAGGUUACUUGAAUGUUGCAAAAUUAAGCUUUCAUCAGAUUAUAACUUUCAAAGGAAAAGUUGUUAUAAAAAAAUGUAGAACAUUUUAUAUUUGAAAUUUGUUAUUUUCAAGAUACAUUUUCACUAUUGCGCCUAAUGAAAGAAAAAUCUCUGUAAAAGAAAAACCCUCAUUUUUCUUACACUAAGAUAUAGACCAAUAAAUUGCUUUUUAAUUUUUCCAGCACCUGUCCUGUGUACUUGUACACAAUGUACAUUCUUUUAAAUUAUAGCAUCUGUAUAGCUUUAGUAUUUGAUCACAUGAAACACAGGACCUUUAAAUUCUAAAAUAUGAAUAUACAAAUUUACCAUGCAUAUGCUACAAGUUCAUCUGAUUCUAUCUUUGACAUGUCAGUAGUAUAAAAUAAGUAAUUCGUUUUAUGGUUUCCUUCUAAUAUUGUCAAUAAUUAUGUUUGCUCUUUUACAAGUUAUAUAUAAAUAGUAUUGAUACUAAGUUUAUAAAUAAAAAAGGUUUCUAAACUUGGGUUAUCAAAUAAGUAGAGAAAUUUGGGUAGAUAAUAAAUUUUCUGAUAUCCCCCUUCCUCCACUCCCCUCCCAAGGAGAAUUUUAUAAUUGACUGAAUGUCAAGUCAGAAUCUAUCUAAACAGGAAUUAUACUGAAAUGCACAUCACAGCAAUGGUCCCAAAUUUGGACAAAUUGUGUGCAUAUAAUUCUUACUUAGUAAUCACUGUAUAUUAGAUAAGGAUAAAAAUAUUUUUAUGAAUUAUUUCUAAGGAAAUUAACUUUCAAAGCCUCGUAUUUAAAUUACAAAAAUUAAUAGGAGCAUUAAAUCUUUUCUAUUUCACCUCAGAGUCACAGAGCAUCCGGCUUUGCAGUCUGAUAUGUAACAUUUUAACAGAGUGUACUUUGAAAAUGUCUGAAAGUUCAAGGAUAAGAAAAUACAUUAAAAACAGAAUAAGGAAAGAGAGCCUCACUUUUCCUUUUAGUGCCCAUUCCUGUUUUCUAGGACUUCACUUCUAGAGCUUCUAACCUUCAUCUGAGGAAUCCUAGGCAGUAUCCAGCUGCUGGUGUUUCAGAUGACCUCUGGGAUCUCUGGUUGUGCAGCCAGUUCUUUACGAUACUCUUACCUUCUGUAGCUUGAGUCAUGAGUUGUUAAUGUGGCAGUAAUUGUCCACUUAAAUUUAAUGGUUAGAGAUGUAUUUGAAGUGCAUUAAAAAUUAUCAUGGUUCUGAAUAUCUUAGAUAUUUAACAGCAGAACUAUCAUAAAGAAAUCUUUAACAGUAGAGGGAGCUUGGUAUUUCUGUAGCUUGAUUUCUUAAAUAUACUGGGACCCAAUUUGGAUUAAAUUUGGCAGAGUGAUGCAGUACAUAGCAAGGCCUUAAAGUAAAUUAAUAGUUACAAGUAGUUACAAAGUAGGUUGGCUAUUACCAAGGUGAAUUUAGCUGUGUCAACUAAUAGCUUUUAUAUAGUAUGUAAUAAAUCUGAGUUAUAUUAUGCUAUGAAUUAUUCAAUGUAUUAUGAGAAAUUAUAGUGUAAACAAUGUUAAUCAUCUUCUUGGGCUUCCUAAGUCAGUGUGAUUGUCCUUUGUUUUCUUUCCCUAACUGGUCUGCUGAUACUAGUUUCUGGUUUAUUGUCAUUAUUCUGUUAGCUCAUUAGCAUUAGUUCAUUAACUUAAAAGUUAGAUUAAUUAUCAAAGUAAGAAUAGCAGUUCUAACUAUGAGUUCAUUAAAUGCAAUUUCACAUUAGAACUAAAGGUAAUUGAGUAGUUAUUUGCAGUGUUUUAUUAUAACACUUAUAUGUAUACAAUUCUUUUAAGGUUUUUAAAAAUUACCUUUGGUACAGCCCUUAGAAAUUAAGAAAUUUCCAUGGAUUUACUACAUUUCAGUGUUUUUCCUAAUUUAUAAUGGUCUUCACUGUAGAUUUUAAUAAAUUUUUUCUUUCCAAAAUAUACAGAUUUAAUUUGGAGUAUGUACUUUGAUUCUUCAUGAGUGCUUUUAAAAAAAAAAUCACAGUCUGGACAACUUAAGUUUGUGAUGUGGUAAGCAGUAUUUUAAAAAUAUAAAUUUAUACAUGUAAAGUGUGGUUACAGUAAACCAAAUUAUAUUUAAGACUCAAUUUACUGCCCAUUUUGAAUAAUAAGACAUUCCCAUAUCACUCAUAUUGUCAAAUAACUUUUCUGUCUGACAGCACUUUUCACCAUGGACAGGAGCUGGAAAAAUGAUUUAUUUUUAUAAAACUGUAUGUUCAGAAUGGCUUCAGACCUGCAUAGUAUAAUGGAAAGAGCACUGAUUAGUAGUUUACCCUUUUGGGAUUCAGAGCUCCUCACAAAUACAGUGAGGGGACAAAACAAGGGGAAACUCUAACAACAUUCCUUUGGAUGCUGUUCUGGGCUCACAGGGUGCUUUGACAUUACUUUAUUCCACCUGAUUCUCAUGGUAGAACUUGAGGGAUAUUAAUCUGAGAGCACCAACAUUGUCUCUUCUGUGCUCCUGGGCUGCUCCUCUUGUUUUACAGAGGGUCACUGGUUUGCUGGUUGGUGGCAGAGCUGACACCAGACCCCUUCCUUGUCUGACUACUAGUCAGAGGCAUUUUACUUGUAUCAUGAAAUGAUUUUAAAUCAUUGUAAAACAGCAAAAUCUGAUGACUGCCAGCUUUCCUUGUUUUGGUAACAAAAGACUCCAAAUAUUCUGGAGAAACUGGGUAUAAUUAUGUUGAAGGAAUAGAUUAGGAUCUGAAGGCAUUAAAUUGUAGAAAAUUGUACACUUUUGUGAUAACAUUAAAGAAAGCAAAAACAGUGUAAAGGUAAUUUAAUUUACCAUAUAUGUAUCAGUUUCUUGAAGCUUCCAAAUGAAAGAUAAUUAAAAGGAGCUUGGAUUCAGUUUUGCUAAAUAUCAGCAUCUAAAUAUGGUUUUGUGGACAUACUUUUCUGUUUACAUAGAUUUAUCCACUUAAAAUAAUGAGGGGAGGUAAGCAAGGUUUGAUUAAAUAACCUUUUCUCUGCAGUGAUCUUUUUACUGUCUUAUGUUCUUGAUUAUCUUAAUUUUCCUCAACAUUCCACUGCACCUUCGGUUUUCAUUUUAAACAGGGAAGGCUUGCUACAUUAUAAAGAUUGUUGGCACCAUUUAUUUCACACAAAGGCUAAAGGUUAACUUUUGGAAAUGAUGAACUCCUUCACGUGUUUACCUGUGCUUUGUGGUAUUUCUGGAUCAUUCCAGUCAUAAACUUAUUACAUGUAAUAUUUCUUGCUACCUGUGAAAAUAUAUUUUAAAGAAUGUAUAACCCACACUCCAUUUACUUUAUAUUAGUAAGUAGAAGACCUGUAUCUAACUCAUGAAUGUAGUUUACUGUAGUUUGUCAUUGUAAAUGGAACAAAAUACAUUAUAGUUAUUCUAAAAUGUAUAUUAUGUAAGAAUUGUAAAUAUUACACUUGAUUAAAUACUUUGUAUUCGAAAAAUUAUGAUAAGUCAAUAAAAAUCAUCUCUGAGAUA